AUGAACGUGACAGUGAGACAAUUUUUGUUGUCAAUGAUGUUCCUGAUGCUACAAAACAAUAUGGAAGCCAGUAGAGUACAAGCAGCUGUCAGUUUUUUAGCAAACGCAUCAUAUCAAGAAAUGGAAAUAAAAUCCGAAUCGAGUCUAUCACUAAGGGAUAUACUACCAGUGAAGGCCAAAUACUACGACAAGAACAGAGCACCCAAGUUGCUAGGUCAGCCUACUAUUGUGUACUUUCAUGUUACUGUUCUUUCUCUGGAUUCGAUCAACGAGGAAAGUAUGACAUACGUAGCUGAUAUAUUCCUAGCUCAAUCCUGGCGCGACCCUCGACUCCGUUUACCAGAGAAUAUGCACGAGGAGUACCGUAUCCUGGACGUGGCCUGGCUGAACAACAUCUGGAGACCUGAUUGCUUCUUUAAAAACGCCAAGAAAGUCACCUUCCACGAGAUGAGCAUACCAAACCAUUAUCUUUGGCUGUACCACGAUAAGACGCUGCUUUAUAUGUCUAAGUUAACUCUGGUUUUAUCGUGCGCAAUGAAAUUUGAAUCAUACCCUCACGAUACUCAAAGCUGUUCAAUGAUGAUUGAGAGUUUAUCUCACACGGUGCACGACCUAGUGUUCAUUUGGAACCUAACAGACCCGCUGGUGGUGAACCCGGACAUCGAGUUGCCGCAACUUGACAUUUCUAACAACUACACCAGUGAUUGUACUAUCGAAUAUUCCACAGGUAAUUUCACAUGUCUGGCUGUGGUAUUCAACCUACGCCGUCGUCUGGGUUACCAUUUGUUCCACACGUACAUACCCUCGGCUCUGAUCGUCGUCAUGUCUUGGAUCUCUUUCUGGAUCAAACCUGAAGCCAUACCCGCUAGGGUCACCUUGGGGGUCACUUCGUUGCUUACUUUGGCAACGCAAAAUACUCAAUCACAACAAAGUUUACCGCCGGUAUCUUAUGUGAAAGCGAUAGAUGUCUGGAUGUCAUCUUGUUCUGUGUUCGUGUUUCUCUCGCUGUUUGAGUUUGCGGUCGUCAAUAACUACAUGGGUCCUGUCGCCACUAAAGCUAUGAAAGGAUACUCUGAUGAAGAUCUUUCUAGAGAUUUGGAUGCAUUUAAGCACAUAUUCCCGAAUUCUGUCGACCCUCGGGCGAGUACAUCUGCCUCGCUUCCGCAAUACGAGACUUUCUGCAACGGGAGGGAGACAGCUGUAUACAUCGAUCGAUUCUCUCGCUUCUUCUUUCCGUUUUCUUUCUUCAUUUUGAAUGUUGUUUAUUGGUCCACUUUCUUGUGA